AUGGUAGACACAGGAGCUCAACAUUUGGUUCUGACAGCAACCGAGGGACCCAUGAGUUCCAAAACAGCCUGGGUCCAAGGGGCCACCGGAGGAAAAACAUAUAGAUGGACCACCGAAAGAAAAGUGGACCUCAGCACAGGACGGGUCUCUCAUUCAUUCUUACUGGUCCCCAACUGUCCAUAACCCCUUCUUGGGAGAGAUUUACUCUCUAAGCUGGGAGCUCACAUCCACUUCACUAAAAAGGGAGCUACUGUAAAAGGAAAAGAUGGAGCUCCACUACAGGUAUUAACCAUGCGGCUGGAAGAUGAACAUCGGUUAUAUGAGGGACCGAUAACAGAAGCUCCUGGUAUGUCUGAUUGGCUAAGUAAAAUCCCCUCGGCAUGGGCCGAGACAGGAGGCCCAGGAUUAGCAUGCAACCAGCCUCCAAUAGUGGUCACACUAAAACCAUCUGCAACUCCGGUUUCAAUCAGACAAUAUCCUAUGAGCAGAGAGGCCCAAGAGGGAAUCAGACCCCAUAUCCAAAGACUUUUACAAAUAGGCAUACUUCACCCCUGCCAGUCCCCUUGGAACACCCUGUUGCUCCCUGUAAAGAAGCCAGGAACAAAUGACUAUCGACCAGUCCAAGACUUAAGAGAAGUCAAUCAGAGGAUAGAGGAUAUACACCCCACUGUUCCAAAUCCUUAUAAUCUCCUGAGUACCUUGCCUCCCAGUCACAGGUGGUAUACUGUGCUUGACCUGAAGGAUGCAUUUUUCUGCCUAAGACUGAGCCCGGCUAGCCAGCCCAUGUUUGCUUUUGAAUGGAAGGAUCCUGAAGCUGGAAUAUCAGGACAACUAACCUGGACACGACUACCCCAAGGAUUCAAGAAUUCCCCCACUCUGUUUGAUGAGGCUCUAAACCGUGAUUUGGCUGACUUUCGGGUAAGAAACCCACAGAUUAUGCUCCUCCAGUAUGUGGAUGACCUCCUCUUGGCAGCUGAGACAGAAGCUGACUUUCUACAAGGUACAGAGACUCUCCUAUUGAGACUGGGGGAACUUGGAUACUGGGCCUCGGCAAAGAAAGCCCAGAUCUGCCUACAACAGGUGAACUAUUUGGGCUAUCGGUUGGAGGGAGGGCAACGUUGGCUAACGGAAAGCAGGAAACAGGCAGUAGCCUCUAUCCCCCCACCAACCUCAGCCAGAGGACUCAGAGAGUUCUUGGGAAGUGCAGGAUUCUGUAGAUUAUGGAUACCGGGUUUUGCUGAAAUAGCAGCUCCUUUAUAUCCUUUAACAAAAAAUGGAACUCCUUUCGUCUGGACUGAAGAACACCAGAGAGCCUUUGACAAAAUGGCUUAUCUCUCAAAAAAACUGGACAAUGUGGCCGCUGGCUGGCCCCCAUGUUUGAGAAUCAUGGUGGCAAUAGCAUCCUUAGUUAAAGACUCAGACAAACUCACUAUGGGUCAGCCCCUAACUGUUAUAACACCUCAUGCAGUGGAGUCCAUCAUUAGACAACCUCCUGACAGGUGGCUGUCAAAUGCCAGGGUGACCCAUUAUCAGGCAUUACUAUUAAAUCCAGAAAAAAUCAAGUUUGGAAACCCUGCCACCCUAAACCCCGCCACGCUACUACCAGCCACCGAGAAAGGCACUGAGAUUCCUCAUGAUUGCCAGCAAAUACUUGCGGAGACACAUGGGACCAGAGAAGACCUCACUGACCAGCCCCUAACAGAUGCAGAUGCCACUUGGUACACGGAUGGGAGCAGCUUUCUACGAAAUGGUGAGCGUAAGGCGGGGGCUGCGGUGGUUGAUGGGGAAAAGAUAAUUUGGGCCCAAGCCCUGCCAGCUGGAACAUCAGCCCAGCGAGCUGAAUUAGAAGCUCUAACUCAGGCCCUAAAAUUAGCAAAGGGCAAAAAGGUCAAUAUUUAUACUGACAGCCGCUAUGCAUUUGCCACUGCCUAUAUACAUGGGGAAAUUUAUCGGAGGCGGGGACUCCUCACCUCGGCUGGUAAGGACAUCAAAAACAAAGAAGCAAUAGUGGCCCUUCUACAAGCCUUAUACUUGCCAAAACAGGUCAGCAUAAUUCAUUGCCCUGGACAUCAACGAGACCAGGGGCCAAUUGCUUGAGGCAAUCGGAUGGUGGAUGAAACUGCCCGUCAGGCAGCAGAAGCAGAAGCUUCUUUUACUUACACUGAACAAGAUUUGGAACUUGUUCAAAAGCUUAAUGCUACUUUGGAUCCUGAAACCAAGAUGUGGAGACAUCAAAAUCGUACUAUACUGCCCCGGGAAGCAGCACUUGAGCUGAUCUCCCAACUUCACCAGUGGACACAUUUGGGACACAAGAAACUAAAAACACUAUUAGAAAGAAAAGAACAACAUUAUUACUUCCCAGACCUCAAUCAACUAGUUCAAAAAGUAGUGGGAGAUUGUGUCUCAUGUUCCCUGGUAAAUGCAACUAAGUCAAAGGUCCCAUUUGGCAAGAGAGAAAGAGGGACACGACCAGGGACUAACUGGGAAGUAGAUUUUACUGAGGUACUCCCAGGAAAAUAUGGGUAUAAAUACCUUUUAGUGUUUAUAGACACUUUUUCAGGGUGGGUUGAAGCUUUCCCCACCAAAAAGGAAACAGCCCAGACUGUGGUAAAGAAACUGAUUGAAGAAAUCUUCCCUCGAUUUGGACUACCCAAGGUAAUUGGAUCUGAUAAUGGCCCUGCCUUCGUCUCCCAGGUAAGUCAGGGAGUGGCCAAAGCAUUGGGGAUUAAUUGAAAAUUACAUUGUGCUUACAGACCCCAAAGUUCAGGACAGGUAGAAAGAAUGAAUAGAACUAUUAAAGAGACCUUAACUAAAUUAGCUCUAGAGACUGGCACUAAAGACUGGGUGCAGCUCAUACCUCUAGCUCUAUUUCAGGCUAGAAAUACUCCUGCUAUACACUGCUUAACCCCCUAUGAAAUCCUUUUUGGAGGACCGCCUCCUGUCCUCAAUGUAACCUUGUCCCCCUUGCCCUCUUCUUUUGACAACCCCAGCCUUAAAACAAGACUCCAAGCUCUCCAGAUAAUCCAGAACCAGGUUUGGAGACCCUUGGCUGCUGUCUACCGGCCUGGUAGUCCACAAACGCCUCACUCCUACCAAAUUGGAGAUCAGGUGUACGUGAGAAGACACAACAUAAAGACCCUUGAACCACGGUGGAAAGGACCCUACAUGGUUCUCCUGACUACACCCACGGCCCUCAAGGUAGACGGGAUUUCGGCCUGGAUCCAUGCUUCCCACACCAAAAGAGCCCCAACCCAGGAGGACUCUGUGCAGCUCUAGGCAAAGAAUGCUGUUUCUAUGCUGAAAACUCGGGGGUUGUUAAAGAUUCUAUGACUAAACUCCGCCAGAGAUUAGAUAAAAGACAAAAA